AUGGUGUACAAUCUGACGUCCAACGCAUUCAUCAAUGUGCUAAAACGUCUCGUCGGACGUCGUGGUCGUGUAUCCGAUAUAUACUGCGACAAUGCACGUACUUUUGUCGGAGCAAACCGUAUGCUCGAGGAAAAUCUAAACCAGUUCGACGCAAUGCACAAAUCGCUUGGACUACAAAACUUCUGCGCAGAAACGGGAAUCACCUUCCAUUUCCAUCCCGCUCGUUCGUCUCACUUUGGGGGCCUUUGGGAUGCUUUCGUAAAGACCUUCAAGUAUCACCUGUAUCGACAAGGACACGGUAUCAACACUGAUGAUUUCCACACCUUGAUCAUCCAGAUCGAGGGUAUAAUGAAUUCCCGUCCACUCUGUCCGAUGUCGUCGGACCCAGCAGAUGUUGUUGCCCUUACUCCAGGCCAUUUGCUCGUGGGAGAUCCACUUUGUUCCCUCCCCGAGCCCGAUUUGUCUAAUACCCCAAUUAAUCGCUUUGAUUCGUUCCAGAAAAUGCAAUGA